AUGGGCCACGGCCACGCUGGCCGAGACGUGUCAGGGGCCUACGUGAGCCUCCUAGACCUCACGCCCACCAUCUUGGAUUGGUUCUCCGUCCCUUACCCGAGCUACGCCAUCUUUGGCUCGAAGACCGUCCGGCUCACCGGCCGGUCCCUCCUGCCGGCGCUGGAGGCAGAGCCCCUCUGGAGCACCGUCUUUGGCAGCCAGAGCCACCACGAGGUCACCAUGGCCUACCCCAUGCGCUCCGUGCACCACCGGGACUUCCGCCUGGUGCACAACCUGAACUUCAGGAUGCCCUUUCCCAUCGACCAGGACUUCUACGUGUCGCCCACCUUUCAGGACCUCCUGAAUCGCACCGCGGCCGGCCAGCCCACGGGCUGGUACAAGGACCUCCGUCACUACUACUACCGGGACCGUUGGGAGCUCUACGACCGCAGCCAGGACCCCCACGAGACCCGGAACCUGGCCGCUGAUCCGCGCUAUGCCCAGGUUCUGGACCUGCUCCAGACCCAGCUGGCCAAGUGGCAGUGGGAGACCCACGACCCCUGGGUGUGUGCUCCCGAUGGUGUCCUGGAGGAGGGGCUCUCUCCCCAGUGCCGGCCGCUCCACAAUGAGCUGUGAGGGUCGCCCGGGGGACGUGGGAGGCCUCCCCGCGCCCGGUCCCCACCUUUCCAGCUGAGGCGGAGGGAGGGGCAGCGACCCUCCCGUCUGAGCAGGGCUCUCCCUGAUGCUGGGGUCGUUGCUGCCACUGCGUGGAGGGGGGAGCGGUGGGGCCUGUGCCCGGCUCCUUCCUCCGCCCGUGGGAGUGGGGACGCGGUCGUCCUGGUGUCCGAGUCGUGUCUCAGCACAGGACUUGCAGGAAGGGGGGCUUGUUUCCUGGGUUCGGCUGGGGACCUGCCAAGAGAAGGCGCUGGGACCUGGGGCUCGAGACCUUCAUUCUUCGGAGCCCACAGACGUCCCCGCGCCCUUCACCCGGGAGGAGCUGGGCCUCCGUGUGCCCCGCGGGUGGCGGUGGCCCCAAACCGCACCGUAUGUGGGAACCCAGUGUCUGGCUCGUGUCAAUCCCUGGCCUUGAAAACUCUUCGAACAACC